AUGCUCAGGUUUUGUCGAAUAGUUGGAGGUCUGCCAGUGGUAUGUACUUCUUCAGCCAGAGGAAUCAAAGAGCUCACAUUUUCCAAUACAGGAUUCCUGUGGAGCAUAACCUUAGUCAUACUCCAAGAAUCACUAUCCACCAUCACUCUAUACACGUAUUUCAUGACCAAAUUGGAUGAUCUUUUACUGUAUUCGUUGGACAGAUCCAUUGCCAUUAUAAUAACACUGGAUAUGGUCUCCCUACAAGUGGUGGCAGCUGUCAUAUUCUUCAGCUCCGCAUGGAAGUACCCAAGACUCUUCAAAGUCUUUGACACUCUGGAAAGAGUCUACCAAGAUCUCCAGCACAAGACAUCAGAAGUCAAGCGCACAGUGAAGUUUUUGGGAGUCUACGCUGCUGCACUAAUGUCAGUCACAUUUUCUGAGCGAAUGGUUCGUGUGAGUUACAAUGGGGCAACGUUCGAAUAUCAAAUUUUAUUCGCAACUUUCUUCGUCACCGCGACACUGCUGUAUUGCUCCCAAGCUGUCCUGCUCGUCCACUUCACACAUGUGGCUCAAAGUAUCGCAAAGUCCUUUGAAAUGGUCAAUGCCAAGAUUGAGAUGGAAGUUACAAGUCCUGCCAGUAUUGACGGCUCUUAUGCAAGAUCCACUAUGCAGUGUAAAAUCAAGAAACUGAGGACUCUGAUGAAUACCUACUGGAUGCUGUGUGACGCCGUACACCAGGCUAAUGUUUUCUACUGCGAUCAGCUGAUGGCCGUUACCUUCUCCUCAUUUCUUCACAUCACUGUCACGUCUUACUACUUUUUCCUGCUCCUCAAAACUAGUGAAGUGUUCAUCAUAAUUAAUAAUGGAGCUUGGAUCUUGCUUCACAUCUGCUACGUAAUGCUGUUGCUAAACUUAAGCACGGUCGUCACCAACAAGGCUGAUGAGACAGGACAGACGAUCUGCAAGUUGAUCAAUAAAGACUUGGACACAAAUCUGAGAAAACAGCUGGAAGGGUUUCUACUGCAGUUGCCUCAACACAACGCAAGAUUAUCUGCCCGUGGAUAUUUCUCGGUCAACAAUGAGACACUCACAGCAAUCGCUGGAGCGGUGACAACUUACCUGGUGAUACUGAUCCAGUUCCAGACUGGACCAUCAUCCACCUAG